GUGAAGUGAAGUAAUUUCGAUGUGAUCUUUAUCAGCUCCGGAGUUUUUCAUCUUUCCUUUUCCUACAAAAACUAUAGAAAAGUGUUAGAAUUAGAACUCGUUGUAAAUUAAAUUUCAGGCAACAAACAUGUCUUGGUUAUUUGGAUAUAGUUCUAAGCCGCCACAGCCGCCGGCAGAGGAAGUGCCCGCCGAGGGUGGUGCGGCCGCCGCACCCCCGACUAACCUUACCAAAGCAGAAAAGAAGGCCAUGGAGGCCUACCGCUUCGAUUCAAGUGCCCUGGAGCGGGCGGCCCAAGCUGCCAGAGAAUUAGAAAGAUCAAAACAUGCAAAAGAUGCUUUGGAACUCAGCAAGCUCCAAGAGGCUACAAGACAACAGGAGCAGAUGGCGAAGAUCAAGGAGUAUGAAGCCGCCAUCGAGCAGACCAAGGUUGAACAAAAGAAGGUUGACUAUGAGGAGAGACGGAAAACAUUGCAGGAGGAAACCAAGCAACACCAAAUGAGGGCCCAAUACCAGGACCAGCUUGCCAAGAAGAGGUACGAGGAGCAGCUGGUGCAGCAGCAGAGAUCACAAGAAGAAAUACUGAAGAAACAAGAAGAGAGUGUGGCCAAACAAGAGGCUCUUCGUCGGCAAACUAUUGAACAUGAGAUGGAACUCCGGGAGAAGAAUAAGUUGAAGACAAUAGAAGCCGAAGCGAGAGCCAGGGCCAAAGCUGACCGAGAGAACAGAGACAUCACCCUGGAACAAAUCCGGUUGAAGGCUGCUGAGAACAGGACCACGAUCUUAGAGGGAAUCAAGACAGCGGGCAGCGUGCUCGGUACGGGGCUCAACGCGCUGGUGACAGACUGGGACAAGACGCUGGCGGCCGCCGGAGGACUGUCGCUGCUGGCGCUCGGGGUCUACACCGCCAAGGGAGCCACGUCGGUGGCCGCACGGUUCAUUGAGGCCAGGAUUGGAAAGCCGACACUCGUCAACGAGACAUCAAGAUUCUCGCUACUGGAGGCGGCAAAGCACCCGAUACUGACCGUGUCGAAGGCCAUCCAGGCGUUCAGGAAGCCGACUGAUGCUCUAGCGGGAGUGGUGCUGGCCCCAACCCUCGAGAACAGGCUCCGAGACAUCGCCAUCGCGACCAAGAACACCCGCAUCAACAAAGGAUUCUACAGGAAUUUGCUUAUGUACGGGCCUCCUGGUACCGGAAAGACCUUGUUCUCUAAGAAACUGGCGAAACAUUCUGGCAUGGAAUACGCCAUCCUGACGGGUGGAGACGUGGCUCCGAUGGGCAAGGACGCCGUGGCCGCCAUACACAAGGUGUUCGACUGGGCCAACACCAGCAAGAAGGGAGUGCUACUGUUCAUCGACGAAGCCGACGCGUUCCUACGAAAGCGUUCUUCGGAACGGAUUAGCGAAGACUUGCGCGCCGCCCUCAAUGCUUUCUUAUACAGGACGUCGGACCAGAGCAGCAGGAUCAUGCUGGUGUUGGCGUCCAACACGCCGCAGCAGUUCGACUCGGCCAUCAACGAUCGGUUGGACAAAAUGAUCGAGUUUGGCCUCCCCGGCCUGGAGGAGCGCGAGAGGCUGAUCCGUUUGUACUUCGACAAGUUUGUGCUGCAACCGGCGUCGGAAGGCAAGAGGCGUCUAUCCGUGGACCAGUUCGACUACGGCGCCCUGUGUUCGAAGCUGGCGGCGCGCACAGCGGGCAUGUCGGGGCGCGCGCUGAGCAAGCUGGGCGUGGCGUGGCAGGCCGCCGCCUACGCCUCGGAUGACGGCCGCCUCACCGAGCAGAUGUGCAUAGAGAUCUGUGAUGACGCUGUGCUCGAUCACCAGCAGAAGAUGGAAUGGCUGUCCAACGAAGAAAAGUCAAGAAGUAUGAUGCCUUAUCUGCUAGACUUGCCGAGCAUGGAAAAAAAGCCAGGCCAGGUGAAAAUCACAGAGAUUGAGACCAAAGAGGAAGUCCCCACCACCAAAUCUCAGCCCAAAAAGAAGGUUACCAAGGAAAUUGAGUUAGAAAAGUGACCCCGGGUAAUUAAUGAUGUACCAGAAACAGAAACUAUACAACUUUAUAAAGUAACAAAUUAUAAUAGUACAUGUUCAGACAACACAAAUUCUAACUGUGAUACUAAACAACAGAUUGUGUAUGACUUAAAAGUGGAAAAACCUAAGAAAAAUAUGAUAACUUUGUCGGACCGCGAUAUGGAAGCCAUACAUGCAAUAUCUCGUAAUUUUACACGCUCAAGAUAUAUGUAAAACAAUACACUUAACAAAAAUUGGAAUUCUUCAGUUAUGCUUCGCACUAUAACUUGUAAAAAAACUAACUCAGACCCCUUAAUUGGGUUCAGGCUGUAUGUGCUGCAUUUAUGUAUGUAUUUUAUAUGUAAUUAUCAGCUUAUGGCUGAUUGCAAUACACUGCCUCCUAAAAUACAUAGUUAUGUAUGAGAAAUACAUAAUUGUUGUAUGAAUGUGAAUUAUGGUUAAUGACUGUUUUAGAUGAUAGCUGGCCUAUUUGGAGUGUUUUUAUUAAUAAGAAUGAGGAACUAACAAUACCAGCCAAUAUUUACGAUUCUUCUAAAAGCUGUAUUUUCCGGAAUGAGCGAACUAGGGUAAUUCCGAAUGUUGGAACAUUUUACUAUGAAAUUCUGUGGAUCGGGCAAUUCCGAAUUAUAAAUAUCAUAUAAAUGUGUAUAAGUACUUCUGGGCAGUUCUAGGCAAUAUUUAGAAAUAAGUUUUUGCGAGGUUAUAGCUGAUCGAAAAAUACAUAUGGUUCUUUAGAUUAAAUUACCUAAAACUCAUUUUAAAUGUUUUCGGAAUAACUCGCAUUAAUUCGGAAUUACACUCGUGCAAAGAAAAAAAUAUCAGCUUUUGAAACUAAAAUAUUUACGAAUUCUGUGGGUAUUUAGAGAAGUCUGUUAAACAGAGUUUUAGGUAGUAUAUUCAAGUAUACAAAGCGUCCUUACAUGAAUAAAAUGACCCAACCAGUCCUCAUAAAUUGACAAAAUACGAACAUGUAACCCACUCACCCAAAAACCUUUCGGAAUAACCAACCUGCACCUUACAUAAUAUAGAUUAUUUUCAAUGACUGACGCAUGAAUACUUUACCAAGGUUUAUUUUUUAUUUAUUUAUUCUUCAUUGCACAAUAUAUAAAAGUAAUUAUGUACAAUUAGGUGGACUUAAUGCUAAAAGCAUUGUAUCGUGUAUGUAUUUGGCUGUGUUGAUAGUUCCAGUUUGUAAAUUUAAGCCAUAAGAGAAUGGAUGGAUAGAUUUAUUAUUAAGAUGUAGUCAGCUUUAUAAGUACCUUGUCAAACUAACAAUCCGCCUUUGGCCUAUUCAUUUAAAGAUUAGACCCCCCGCAGACUGCAGACUUUUAGUCGGCCGAUAGUUUGGUAGGGCUCUUAAUCAGUAUGGAGUAUCGGCCGACACAUAAUCGUUGAAUGUGCGCACUACCAUACAUCUCCAUACUGAUUAAGAGCCCGACCAAACUAUCGGCCGACUAAAAGUCUGCCGUCUGCGGGGGGUCUAUAGGUUUGUCAGUUUCAAAAAGUUACAUAAGUGUAGAGCAACUAUUGAAGCUGACCUAAGCGGUAAUUUUUAACUCUAGAGUUAAAUUAUAUUAUUUUUCAGAACAUCCUAAACCAAAACAUGUCUAUCCAAACUAGUGUUUAGUUAAAAAUAUAAUUGAUUAAAGUAAAUCUUUAAUUCAACAGCAUUUUGUGUGUGGAUUAUCUGGAUACACAAUGGUAUGAUAAUAAAACCAGUUAUAGGUGAUAAACAUUUAUUACAAUCAAAAUGAUUAAUAUAAUAAAAUUUUACCUAUAACAGUUUAUACAUUUCAUUUACACAUGUUAUACUAUCGGCCACUAAGGUGGUUUACCAUUUGAUUGGCGUCUGUCUAUCCAUCUUGGGAACAUAGACGAUAACAAUAUCAUGGUAAAACACUUCAUUGGUUCCUUUAUAAAGCACAAUAAUAUAUCGUAUUUUGUUCAGAAAAUAUUUCUCUUAGUUUUUUUAUAAGUCAUCAAAAUGUUGUUUAUUGUUGUGUUUGUCAUACAUUAGUUGUAGCCCAAUAAUAGCUGUUAUAAUUAAUAA